UUUUUUUUUUAAUCUUCCAGAUCCAAUAGAACAAAGAGAGAGAGAGAGAGAGAGAGAGAGAGAGAGAGGAGCUCAAGAAUUGGAAAAUGCAAACGGCUCAGUCUUCAGUCGCUGGAGUUCAUAAAGUCCGACGGAAAAGUGGCCGGAAACCUCUCCAACCGAAGAAUAUUCCAGCGAAUCCAAUCGUCCAUGAUCUAUCAAAGAUCACCAACCCGAAGAAAGAGCGGAUCGAUGUCUCUCUAAUCUGCUGCGGCGAUGGAGAAUCGAACAAGGAAAACCAUCCGGUUUAUGCGACUCCGACGAAGAAGAUGGAAACUUUGGACUCGUCGCUGGCGGAGGAACUGAGUGCGAUAAGGAAGAAGCUGGAGAGACAGAGGGAAGACAGAGAGAGGACGGAGAAAAUGUUGAAGGAAAGGGAUUUGAUCAUGGAGAUGCAGAUGAAGGAGCUGGAAUUUAGAGGUGAGAUUCAGAGGAAGCUCGAAAUUGAGGUCGAUAGGUUGUAUAGGUUGAAGCAACUCCAUUCCCAAUCAAUCGGAUUUUCUCUGUUACGGAGUCUGAGAGAGAAAGAAGGAGAAAAGAAGGGAGGCCAUGAAGGACAAUUUCAUGAAUUGGGAAAUGGGGAUGGAGAGGAAUCUGUAGGUGAAAAUGUAUCGCAGGAAUCUACCAGUUUGGCUUCGCCGGAAAUCUCCACUGAGAUGUGAUAUAUUUAUUUUAUUUUUUAUUUUCAUUUUGAUCCUCUUUUCUUUUUUUCUUUUUAUUUUCCCACUUUUUUGUUGUUGUUUUUGUUUCUGUUUUUGGUUUCAUUUCACUCAUUGUAUCGUCUCAAUGAUACAAUGUAAUACCUCAUUAUGUGAAGUGAAUUUUGACAUUUUUAUUCCAAAAAAAAAAAAAAUGAAUUGUUCCAAUUUAAUAAUAUAAGACAGUAUCGUCUAA